GUGAAACUAUUGCAAAAAUCGUCAAAGUUUUGCGAUAUUCCAAUUAAUAACAAGGCUGUACAUCGUGCCCCGGUGGAGGUUUGAAAAUAUAGCUGCGGCUUUCGGUUUGACCCGGUGUGGAAGUUACUCCCGGAAAAAAAGCCUCUUUGUUCUAUAUGUAGACAAAACGCUCUUACCACAGAGCAACUGCCCAUACAGACAUGGCCAAAGUGCACAUUACCAACGUUGUCGUGCUAGACAAUCCGAGCAGCUUUCUGAACCCGUUCCAGUUUGAGCUCACAUUCGAAUGCAUUGAGGAGCUAAAGGAGGACCUUGAGUGGAAAAUGAUCUACGUUGGAUCAGCUGAAUCCGAGGAUUUCGACCAGGUUCUGGACACCAUCUACGUUGGACCGGUACCCGAAGGACGACACAUCUUUGUGUUCCAAGCAGACCCACCGAACGUUGCCCGAAUCCCCGAACAGGAUGCCGUCGGAGUGACGGUGGUAUUACUCACAUGCUCCUACCGGGGUCAGGAAUUUGUGCGUGUGGGGUACUUCAUCAACAACGAAUACUCCGACCAGGAACUUCGGGAAAACCCUCCCGCGAAGCCCCUCUUCCAUCAGAUGACCAGAAAUAUCCUCGCCUCCAAGCCCCGAGUGACAAGGUUCAAAAUCAACUGGGACGACACGCCGGCCAACGGCAGUGGAACGGCCAGCGGCAUGGAGGACGAAGCCGGUAUGAACAUGGACAAUGGAACCGAAGAAGCAGUAACCACCGCCACCACAGUUGCCGAGAUGAUGUCCGAGGUGACGCAAGGCGAGAGCAGUAUGACUCUGCCACGGGAGUUCAAUGAAAAUUCCAACUCGCUGGCGAUGGAAUGUUGAGGCCUUCACAUUCACCGGAUGAACGUUUCUUAGUUUUCUUCUUGUCCUCAGUGUGUUUCUAUUAUUUGCAUAAUAUUGUAAGCUGCUGUUGUUUUGCAGUUCGAUAGAUUACUAGACCCGUGAAGCAUUGUAUUUGUUAAAGUGAUGAGACUAGUUCCGUGAAACUUUUUCUGAAUAUGUAUGCCUUUCCCAUUCUUUUCCUUAAAACAAAGUCUUGCAACGCUCUGAUAAAGUAGUCUUUUUUUUCUUAGCUCGAAGCUCAUCAAAACAUGAUUUUUAAUAAUGCUAAUAAAUUAUAGACACUCAUGCGUACGUACAUCGUAAAGAUAGCUAAUAAGAAUCUGUAAAUAAUAAUGGCAAGGCGUAGUGGCAGUUAGAGUAAUAAAAGUAAUUAAUUUUCCAUUGACAA